CAUCAACUGGCCCCUGCUGAUCACACCACACGGGCGUGAAGCCGCACAGCGGAAUGCUACCAGAGCCUGCGCUGCGGCCCAGGCUGUCACCGCAGCUGCGGCCUCCGCUGCGGCUGCGGCAUGGUCAGAUCCGAGAGGUUCGGGUGGCGCGGGGUGCUGGCAGCGGCCCGGACUUUUCCACGGCGGAGAUGAUGCUGGCUGCUUCCCUCGGCAUUGCUUCCUGGGUGGUGACCGGGGGAAACCCUGGGAAUCUGCUGGGCAUGGGCGGACGCAGCCUGAAGCGGCCCGACAUGGCCGAGAAGGAGGUGCAAUUGGCCCGGCAGAUGUUUCUCCGGGCAGCUGAGAACUAUCAAGAUGCGCGAGAAAGCACGGGAGUGCUGCUGAACCGCAUGGCCCCAGAGAUCGUGCAGGCAGCCAAGCAGCGGCUGGAGGGCGCCAUCAAGACGCUGCAGGAAGCGCGGCGGGAGCUUCAGCUGUCGCUGGGGGAAUCCAUGCGAGCCUACCUGGUGCCCGAGUACCUGCGCACGGCCAAGGAGCAGGGCGCCUUCACCAUUGCGGUGGCAGGUAAUCAGAGCGUGGGCAAGUCCAGCUUCAUGCGGGCCUUCCUGGGCUUCGAGCAGCCCACGGCGCCGCCCACCACCACGGAGCCGGUGCCCUACCUCUACCCCCUGAAGUCAAGCACGUCCUGCAUGCUUUGGGAUCUGCCGCCUUUGGGCACCUCCGGCUACCCCAGGGAGGCUUACAUGAAGUUGCUGGGCGUCAGGCACUUCGACCUCGUGGUGGUGAUGUUGGACAACCGCAUCUCCGAGACCGAGCUCCUUUUGCUGGACGAGCUGAAGCACUGGAAGGUGCCCUAUGUGGUGGUCAGGAACAAGCUUGACGUGGAUAUUGAGCGAGAGUUCAUGAAUGAGCAGAUGGUUUGGGAUGGCAGAGGUGUGAGCGACGGUUUGGACGACGGCGUGAGGGCGGAGAUCCUUUGCGACACCCUCGCGAGCGUCAAGGAAGACCUCGUGGAGCUGCUCUCAGUUGAGCGAGUUUAUUGCAUCUCAACACGGGCGGUGUACCGGAAGCUGUUUGACUACUCAGCUCUGGACGAGGAUUUGCGGAAAACCAUCCACAUGCGACUAAGAAUUGCAGGCGAAGCACAGCUCGAGGGCCAUGCGGCAGCCGCUGUGCUCCCGCCCUAGGCGAGAGGCAAACUGCCUUGGAGCCUUCGAGGGCGGGAGUGGCCCGUGGUUUGUUUUUUUACCGGCUCAGGCCUCGUAGGAAGCGGAGAUUGCAGAUUUGCAACGGCCGUUUGGCCAGCCCACAGACUCACAGAUAUCAAAUACUAGCAGCUCUCUCCGGCAGCUGACUGGCCAUGCCAGGAUAACAGCAUGCUAAAUGAUGUUCAUGAU